AUGCCUCCCAAAAAGAAGGGAAACAAGGCUCGCGCCGACGACGACUGGGAGAAAGAGCUCGGCGAGACCAUCGCCCCCGCCGCCGCCGAAACCUCAGAGACUGCUGCUGAAAAGCCAGCCGAGGAGGACGAGAAUGAGGCCCCCACCGGUCUCAUGGCCACCAUGCGCAAGAACAGAGAGAAAAGAAAGAAGAAGGGCAUCGAGGAGCCCCCCGCCGCGCCCGAGCCCGAAGCCGAACCUUCGCCCAGUCUCGCCGAGAAGGCCCCCCAGGAAGCCACCAUGGAAGACGAAUUUGCCUUGCCCGAGAAGAAGGGCAAGGGUGGUAAGGGGAAACAGGCCGCCGCCGCCGCCGCCGCCCCUGCUGCCGGCGAUGAGGAUGACGGUUCCGGCCGCGUCCUGACCAAGGCUGAGAAGGAAAAGUUGAAGAAGGAGAGAGAGAAGCAGCGUAAGAAGGAACAGGCUGCGAAGAAGAAGGGCCCCGCCCCUGCUGCGAAGGCCGAACCCGCCAAGGCCGCUCCUGAGAAGAAGGACUCUCCAACGCCCGCCGCUUCUGCCGUCGCCCCCCCGCCCGCCGAAGAGAAGGGUGGUAAGAAGAAGAAGAUCCCCGCCGCCCUUGCUGCGCUUCAGAAGCAGCAAGAGGAGCUCCGCCGCCAGCAGGAAGAACAGGCCCGCAUGGCUGAGGAGGAAAAGAAGAGAAUCGAAGAGGAGGAGCGUGCCAUGGAGGAGGAGAGGAAGCAGAGAGAGGAGGCCAAGGCUCUCAAGAAGCAAAAGGAGAAAGAAAAGAUCGAACAGCUCAAGAAGGAGGGCAAGUUCUUGACCAAGGCCCAGAAGGAGGAGAAGGCCCGCAAUGAGCGUAAGCUCCAGCAGAUGCUUGCUGCCGGUAUCAAGGUCGGUCCCGCCGACGAGGGCGAAGGCGACAAGAAGAAGAAGGUUGUCUACGACAACAAGAAGAAGGGGGGCCGCAAGGCGCAAGACAAGAUCGACGAAGAGAAGGCCCUUGCCGAGGCUGCCGAACGUGCCAAAAAGGAGGCCGAGCGACUCCACAGGGAGGCGGAGGAAAAGGCGGCCAAGGAAAAGGCCGAGGCCGAGGCCGCUGCCGCCAAGAAGAAGGCUGCCGAAGCUAGCGAUCUGGAAGACGACUGGGAGGCCGCCGCUGCGUCUGACGAGGAAGAUGUCAAGGACAGCUGGGACGCCGACAGCGAUGAAGAACAAGAGAAGAAGAAGGCGGCCAACGGCAAGCCCACCGAGCCUGUUGAGAAGAGCGAGAACGAUGAGGACGAGGACGAUGACUCGGGAUCCGACUCGGAAUCCGACUCCUCUGAAGAGGAUGAAAAGGAGACAGCGGCUCGCCAGGCCGAACUUCAGCGCAAGAGGGAGGCCGCGGAGCGCCGUGAGAAGGCUCACCAGGCCGCGCUGGCGGCGCAAUCCAAGGACAACCUCCGAUCUCCCAUUUGCUGUAUUCUUGGCCACGUCGAUACUGGAAAGACGAAGCUUCUGGACAAGAUCCGUCAAACCAACGUGCAAGAGGGUGAAGCCGGUGGUAUCACUCAACAGAUUGGUGCCACCUACUUCCCUGUCGAGGCCAUCCGACAGAAAGUGGCUGUCGUCAACAAGGACGGUUCCUUCGAGUUCAAGGUUCCAGGUCUGCUAGUCAUCGACACCCCCGGCCACGAGUCCUUCUCCAACUUGCGUUCUCGUGGUUCGUCGCUCUGCAACAUCGCCAUCCUUGUUGUCGACAUCAUGCACGGCCUCGAGCCACAGACCUUGGAGUCGAUGAGAAUGCUGCGUGAUAGGAAGACUCCUUUUGUUGUCGCCCUCAACAAGAUCGAUCGUCUGUACGGCUGGAAGAAGGUUGACAACAACGGUUUCCAGGAGAGUUUGGCCUUGCAGCCCAAAGGUGUCCAGAACGAGUUCAAAAACCGUCUGGAGCAGACCAAGGUCGCCUUUGCCGAGCAAGGCUUCAACUCCGAGCUCUUCUACGAGAACAAGUCCAUGGCGAGGAACGUCUCUCUCAUCCCCACCUCGGCUCACACUGGUGAGGGUAUCCCCGAUAUGUUGAAGCUCAUCAUCCAGCUCACCCAGGAGCGCAUGGUUGGAUCCCUCAUGUACCUUGCCGAGGUCCAGGCUACCGUUCUUGAGGUCAAGGCCAUCGAAGGUUUCGGCAUGACUGUUGACGUUGUCUUGUCCAACGGUAUCUUGCGCGAGGGCGACAGGAUCGUCCUGUGCGGUGUUGAAGGCGCCAUCUGCACAAACAUUCGUGCCUUGUUGACGCCUGCGCCGAUGCGCGAACUGCGUCUCAAGUCCGCAUAUGUGCACAACAAGGAAGUCAAGGCCGCUUUGGGUGUCAAAAUCAGCGCCCCUGGCCUCGAGGGUGCUAUCGCUGGUUCUCGUAUGCUGGUUGUUGGUCCCGACGAUGAUGAGGACGACAUCAUCGACGAGGUCGAGUCCGAUCUCGCCACCCUGUUCAGCCGUGUCGAAAAGACUGGCCGUGGUGUCAGCGUGCAGGCGUCCACUCUUGGUUCCCUCGAGGCUCUGUUGGAUUUCCUCAAGGACUGCAAGAUUCCCGUCGCCAACGUCGGAAUCGGUCCCGUGUACAAGCGCGACGUCAUGCAGGCUGGCAUCAUGCUGGAAAAGGCGCCCGAUUAUGCCAUCAUGCUUUGCUUCGAUGUCAAGGUCGACAAGGAGGCACAGCAGUAUGCUGAUGACGUCGGUGUCAAGAUCUUCACGGCAGACAUCAUUUACCAUCUUUUCGACGCCUUCACCAAGCACAUGGCCGAGCUCUUGGAGAAGAAGAAGGAGGAAUCCAAGAUGUUGGCCGUCUUUCCCUGCGUGCUCAACACCGUUGCCGUCUUCAACAAGACCAAUCCCAUUGUUGUCGGUGUCGAUGUCGUCGAUGGCCAGCUGAAGAUCAACACGCCGAUUGCUGUUGUCAAGAAUAAUGCCGUGACCGGCAUGAAGGAAGUCAUCAACUUGGGCAGAGUUACGUCGAUUGAGCGCGACCACAAGCAAAUCCCCGUCUGCAAAAAGGGCCAGCCCUCUGUUGCCGUCAAGAUCGAAAUGGGUGGUCAUCAGCCGACUUACGGCCGCCAGCUCGAGGAGUCGGACACUCUAUACAGUCUCAUUUCGCGUGCCUCCAUUAACACCCUGAAGGAGUUUUACCGCAAGGACGUCAGCAACGACGAGUGGAACCUUAUCAUCAAGCUCAAGCCCCUCUUCGACAUCCACUAA